AUGCAAAAAAUGGAAUCACCAGUCGCAGAAAUUCAAGUAGAAAGCAAGGAUGAGAAGGAAUCUGUAGAGAUAAGUCCUCAGGAUGAGGAGCAGGUUGAAAAAGCAUCCAUGAUUUGUUUUAAGAGAAGAAAGAAAUCAGUCAAAGCUUUGAAGUCUAAGAAUUGUUCUGAAAAAGCGCCCCGUCACACUGGUCUACGCAGUGCCAAGGAUCCCACAGAAGUGGAAGCUUCAGAUCAGUUUCAGUCACCACGGGGGACCUGGGCAGCAAUCAGAUGCUUUGUCACUCGACGGAAAAGGUCAAAAUCUUCAAAGAAAGAAGUCCCCUUAGAUGCUAAAGCACAACCUAAAGAAAACACUGAUGACACCAAACUUGCUAAGAAAAAGGCUCGAUCCAGGAUUAAAAUCCCCUGCAUAAAACUCUCGAGAAGCAAGAAAAAAGGCAGCCAUUCUCAAAUUAUUGAAGAAUCUGAAUGCAAUAUGAAAGUAAAGGAAGUUACAGACAGUUUAGGUACAGAGAUUCAGAUUCCUCAGGAUGCUCCAGCUGUAAAGGAUAAAUUAAUUGCAGACAUAAGUGGUGGUAGCUCCCAGGAAGAUAGUGUAAGUGUGCCACAAGUUAGUAACAUCAGCUCUUCUGGGGAGAAUGUGGCUUCCAUAGAACUUGGGGUUGAUACAGAAUCUUGUGUCAUUCAAACAGCAGCAUUAAUCCUUGAAAAAGGUAUUGAGAAAACAGAAGAGAUACAGGUUAUAAACCUCCAUCAAGGAAGGCUCCCUGAGGUUUCAGAAGUGGUACACCAGCUCCCUAAGGAGAACACGGAGGUCGGUAGUGUUGUGGUACCCAAUGAAACCCCCACAGAGGCACCUGCAACCCCAGAGACACAGAUCACAGAAGAAACAUCUAAGGAUGUCACAGAACAGGAACCAAAAGAGAAAGAACAUGAAGAUGGAGUAACUAUUUCAGAAAAGAACAAGUCAAAAGACAUUAUAGUGUGCUUCAGUAAAUCAGCUUUUGAAGAAAAUGCAGUAGGUCCGAAGAUGCCCCCAUUAGAAGAAAGCAGAAGGAUGGAACCAAUUGCUAUUAUUGUCACAGACACUGAAGUCAGUGAAUUUGAUGUAAAGAAAUCCAAAAACGUCCCUAAGAAAUUCUUAAUUUCGGUUGAAAAUCAGCAAAGUGAGCCAUUUUCUAAUGCUGUGUCAUCCAAAGGGGUUAAUGAUUUUGAGGGCAGAACUUCUGAACAGUAUGAGAAGCUUUUAAUAGAAACUGCUUCCUCGCUUGUCAAGAAUGCCAUUCAGUUGUCUAUAGAACAACUGGUGAAUGAAAUGGAUUCUGAUGAUAACAAAAGAAACAAUCUUAUAUAA